AUGUCAGCAAUCCAAGUGCAAACAACCACACCCCGUCAGUCUCCAGCGCGAUUCGCCCGCAAAUAUGGCCCGGCAUUCAAUAGGUUCGACGGACUCUCCAACGUCAGCAUUUGCGAUCAGGAACUUGGUCCCAUUCAUAUUGAUUGUCGGUUCCGCCAUUCAAAGACUCAACUAGGUGUGCUUGGUACGGCUCAGAAUCAAGCCGGAAUUCUCUACGUUGACCUCACUUUCAGUCAGCCCAAGGACUGCCCUCUGACGAGUGCGGUUGUCUGGAUCAGUUUAGAGGAAGAAGACAAAGACUGGAAAAAGGAACACAAGUUUCGAAAAAGACGAACGAAGUCAACUCCAAUGAAUUCCUCCCGGAACGACCUUGACCCAUUCGAAAUUGCUAAGCCGCGCUACGGCAAAUCACGCUUCCUUCAAUUCACACACGACUUUGGUCCUAAGCAGCUUGAGGGAAGACCUACCAAUAUGACGACUAAAAGUGUUAUGCAUUUGACCCCCGAGGUUAACGUUCUUGGUAAUGGGGGUGGCGGAUUGGGCUACGAUCGGGAACAAACAUUCACUCAAGCUAGCCGCUGGAUGUUUACAGGAAAUUUACUUCCAGGCUCCAGAUUACUUGCCAACCCUGAGAAUAUCAAUUAUUUCAGAGCAAUGGUAUACCGCACACUGAAAUGGGAACUCUCGAAAGAUGAUCUCCAACGACAAUCGACGCAUAGCAGCGAGAUCCAGACAGCUUUCACUUUCGAGCAUGACAUGGAACCAUUUUAUAUUCGAGUCGAAAUACAGGGGAAGCUGAAACGAAAUUCUAAAUACCUCAGAAGUAACGUGAAGCAGCUAUUCAAAUUUCCCAGCGACGAUCAAAAGGAAGUUGGCAAGUCAAUGAUACUAGUCAUUCCCGACAAAGAACGGAAACUUACACGUCGACUGGAUCCGAUUGCCAAAGUGUUACCGUUUCAAAUGGAACGGCUGAACCUAGAAGGGAUUCGGGUGCAGUUUCCUGAUUCUCUUCCUGUCUCUUAUCAGGAUGCUCCUCAAGUCGCACAAUACUUGAGUGCAGAGUCAGAUACAGCAGUCGAGGAGGGUUACAGCUGUACGGACCCUGUUGAUUCUACCAAAGGCAAACAGUCAAGCCUCCCAGCUUAUAAAUCACCAGAAAUAUUGCCAUCUUCCCUUGUUCCACAGCCAAUCGUGCAGCCAAUCCCACGUGGGCUAGGGUCAAUCAAAGAAAGCCCGAUAGUGGCCCAAGAACCCGUGCUCAUAUCCUUGAAAGACAAAAUAUCAGUGCCAAGCCACGUUCAGCCCCAUUCUUCAAUGGAUUCAACCCAAAUUGGAGAAAACGGGGUGCUACCGACCUCGCAAAAUUCAAAGCUCAAGCCAGACCACCUCAGUUCACGAGUCACGUCUCUCACACAAAAUCCAUCAGAAAAGGAACUGAAUGAGCUUGCCGCUCAAAUAGCUCAAUUUCCCGUCUUGGUUUUGAUUUUUGAAUGGGUUAUUUAUGUAGUCACUUUUUUGCCGGUUUAA